UCUCCUCCAGCCCAGGAACUAGGAACUACGGAGAGAGAAGCCAAGGGAGAGGAGGAAGAGGAAACUAACGAUUCCCUGCCCAACCCCGGCCCCACACCCAGCACCACUAACAGUCUGGUUGGCACCGGCUCCCAUUCCGGCUCCAGCCUCCAAUCCGACCCCCAUUUCGGCUGCAGCCUCGGACCUAGCUCCGGCCCUCAGUCUAUCCGGUUGCAUCCUCCCUCCCUGUUCCGGAUCCUAUCUUGCGCUAGCGCCUACUCCAGGAUCCCGUGGCCAGACCUCAAGCCAUGGCUGGUCCCUUCUCCCGUCUGCUGUCCGCCCGCCCGGGAAUCAGGCUCCUGGCUUUGGCCGGAGCGGGGUCUCUAGCCGCUGGGUUUCUGCUCCGACCGGAACCUGUACGAGCGGCCAGUGAACGACGGAGGCUGUAUCCCCCGAGCGCUGAGUACCCAGACCUCCGAAAGCACAACAACUGCAUGGCCAGUCACCUGACCCCAGCAGUCUAUGCACGGCUCUGCGACAAGACCACACCCACUGGUUGGACGCUAGAUCAGUGUAUCCAGACUGGCGUGGACAACCCUGGCCACCCCUUCAUCAAGACUGUGGGCAUGGUGGCUGGAGAUGAGGAGACCUAUGAGGUAUUUGCUGACCUGUUUGACCCUGUGAUCCAAGAGCGACACAAUGGAUAUGACCCCCGGACAAUGAAGCACACCACGGAUCUGGAUGCCAGUAAAAUCCGUUCUGGCUACUUUGAUGAGAGGUAUGUAUUGUCCUCUAGAGUCAGAACUGGCCGAAGCAUCCGAGGACUCAGUCUGCCUCCAGCUUGCACUCGAGCAGAGCGACGGGAGGUGGAACGUGUUGUGGUGGAUGCACUGAGUGGCCUGAAGGGUGACCUGGCUGGACGUUACUAUAGGCUCAGUGAGAUGACAGAGGCUGAACAGCAGCAGCUUAUUGAUGACCACUUUCUGUUUGAUAAGCCUGUGUCCCCAUUGCUGACCGCAGCAGGAAUGGCUCGAGACUGGCCAGAUGCUCGUGGAAUUUGGCACAACAAUGAGAAGAGCUUCCUGAUCUGGGUGAAUGAGGAGGAUCAUACGCGGGUCAUCUCCAUGGAGAAGGGUGGCAACAUGAAGAGAGUGUUUGAAAGAUUCUGCCGAGGCCUCAAAGAGGUGGAGAGACUUAUCCAAGAACGUGGCUGGGAGUUCAUGUGGAAUGAGCGUUUGGGAUACAUCUUGACCUGUCCAUCUAACCUGGGCACUGGACUUCGGGCAGGAGUGCACAUCAAACUGCCCCUGCUAAGCAAAGAUAGCCGCUUCCCAAAGAUCCUGGAGAACCUAAGACUCCAAAAGCGUGGUACUGGAGGAGUGGACACUGCUGCCACAGGCGGUGUCUUUGAUAUUUCUAAUUUGGACCGACUAGGCAAAUCAGAGGUGGAGCUUGUGCAGCUGGUCAUCGAUGGAGUAAACUAUUUGAUUGAUUGUGAACGGCGUCUGGAGAGAGGCCAGGAUAUCCGCAUCCCCACACCUGUCAUCCAUACCAAGCAUUAACUCCCCACCACCAGCUGAUGACUCAAGAUUCCCAGGAGUUCUGCUCAUUCUAAUGAUGGCCCAUUCUACUUGCUCUGGACCUGCCCCCACAUCCCCUGCCUCCAUCCUAGUAAAGACUCCUUGCUAUGCUGCA